CGUCUCUUAUUAUCCUCAUUAUCUCGAACCUUAGAUCUGAAAAGCGGCAUUUCAUAUUUCAUUCCAGUACAACAUGCAAUUGUUUUGAUGCGCCUAGUGGCACGUUAAGUCAAAAAUAAUCGGUCCCGAUCAGCGCAAAAACGCGGUAUUCUUUUGUCUUGAUGUGGCCAGAGACGGAAUGGUUAAAAAAGAACGCGAUGGUUGCUUCACCCACCUUCUCACCCUCCUCUUACCCACCAUGAUGACCCCGCCCGUGACCUUCGUGCUACCCGAUCUCAUGGCCGGAUGGCCUUUCAAGACUAUGCCUAAUCCUCACGCGACGAAGAUUAAUGCAGAGAGUGCAGCGUGGGUCCAGAGCUACGACGCCUUCAAUGCCAAGGCGCAGAGGACCUUCGACAGGUGCAAUUUUGGUGCUUUCGCCGCCCUCGCGUACCCAAAGGCCGAGCCCGCCCACUACCGAGCCGCCGUCGACCUCAUCAACUAUUAUUUCGUCUACGACGAGAUGAGCGAUGAGGAGAGCGGAGAAACUGUGCGGAAACAAGCUGCCGCUAUCAUGAAUGCCGUGCGAAAUCCUUACGCGCCGCCUCCUCCGAACGAGCACAUUCUAGGCGCCAUGGCACGAGACUUUUGGAUCAGGACUCUUGAAGAAGGCCACGCCAGUGCAUCCACCGCCAAACGUUUCAUUGAGGCCUUUGAACAGUACACCGACUGCGUGGCACAGCAAGCCGAGGACCGUGAUAUCGGCCGCAUUCGUCCAAUUGAAGAAUAUCUCGCGAUGAGACGUGGGACUGUUGGUGUUAGGCCUUCAUUCGACUUCUUCAUGCUUUCAGAAGAUCUCCCCGAUGAAGCAGUCAAACACCCACAGAUUGAAAAGCUGGUCUUGUGUGCUAUUGAUAUGAGUAUCCUAUCAAACGACAUAUACUCGUGGAAUGUGGAACAGGCCCAUGGCGACGAAAAUCAUAACAUUGUGUCCGUGACAAUGGCCGAGAAGGGUAUGACUGUCCAGGAGGCAAUGGACGAUGUCGGGAAACGCUACGAAAAGCUCUCCAAGGCGUUUUUAGACGAUAUGAAACACAUCCCAAUGUUCCCUGAGCCAGUGAACAGGCACCUACACGAGUUUGUGAUGUUCCUGGGAAUUUGGGUGACUACCAACGAUGAGUGGUCCUUCAUUACUCCACGCUACUUCGGCGAGGCUGCUCCCGAAAUACGUGCUCAUCGCACAGUGGAGCUUCUCGCCAAACGCAAAUGAGGGUGGGUUAUUACCAUGCUUCAAGAUUCGGCAUUCGAUUUUCACAAUUGUAUCAUUUUACACAAUUUUUAUACCGUACGAGCUCUGUAUAUGCCGUGUUAUUAUAGAACCAUUUAGAUCUUAGGAGUAUCACU